GUUUCUCUCUCUCUGUCUCUCUCUCUCUCUCUCCCUCUCUCUCUCUGUCUCUCUCUGCUUCAGUUUCUUUGUCUCGUGAGGGAGUUGCAGCUCUAAUCAUUAUCUCCACAGUACCUCGUCUCCUCCAGGGCUCCAGACAGGGCGACACUCCUCUACCCCGACAGUAUGGAGAAUGGUCAGCAGUAUAGAGGUCAGUAUGGAUCCCCCCAGCACAUCCCAGCUCCCUCCUACCCCGGCCCCCCAGCGGCCUACAGCUUACAGGGAGGUGACAAGGGUGCAGCCUACCCCCCCCAGCCUGGCUUCCAGGGAGGUGACAGGGGUGCAGCCUACCCCCCCCAGCCUGGCUUCCAGGGAGGUGACAGGGGUGCAGCCUACCCCCCCCAGCCUGGCUUCCAGGGAGGUGACAAGGGUGCAGCCUACCCCCCCCAGCCUGGCUUCCAGGGAGGUGACAGGGGUGCAGCCUACCCCCCCCAGCCUGGCUUCCAGGGAGGUCCCCGAGCCGGCAUGUACCCACCACCUCCCCAAUACAGCAUGGCACAACCUAGAAACACCCCUGGGGUAACCCAGGUGGUGGUGAUACAGCAGCCGCUGCUAAGAGACGUACCCGGCCAGAUAACGUGUCCCCACUGUCAGGUCCCGGUUCUGACAGAGACCACACACACCCCUGGACUGCUCUCCUGGCUCAUCUGUGGAGCCCUCUUCUGCUUCCUGUGCAUGAUAUUCUCUUGGAUUCCAUUCUAUGUUGACUCCUGUCAGGACGUAGAACACCGAUGCCCCAACUGCAAGAUAGUGAUCUACAUCCACAAACGCAUGUGAACAGACCUAGACCAGACACCUGCCACAAAGUGAUCCUUACCUAUAUUAAUCUAUUCCAGUAGUGUUGACCCUCUUAGGGAAACCGCAAACCCAGUUUAAUGCACCAGGAUUGGAAAGACAAUGGGCUCCUACUGUCUGUCGCUGAAAUCCUUGCUGCAGUGCCAGCGUUUCAUCUACUGGGAAUGUGUGAGAGGGUAUUAUUAUGGUCGUCAUUUACUAUAUCGGAAAAAUUCAUGAAAUGAAAAUGUACUUCUUGGUCUUAAUUUCAGGUUAAGGUUAGGUAUUAUGGUCAACAGUGUGGUUAUAUUUGAUGACUUUGUGGCUGUGCCAGCUAGUGACCCCUCUACAGAGCUGCCUCCAGGGCAAGAUUCAUGACAGUAAAUGCCAACCUGCCCCUAAUUAGGGGGAACAGGUUAAAGGGUAGGCAGCCAUACAAAUGUACGUGCAAAAACCACGUUUAAUAGGUUUUUAUACUAAUUGUAAUGAAGCUUUUAAAUUAACACAGAAUGCAUUGUUCUUUGCAAUGAAUAAUGGUCAAGUUUAUUGAUUGGUUGUUUACUUUAAAUGAUUGAUGAAUUAACAA